CCAAACAGCGACAUAAAACCAUACUGAAAACUGAAAUAGAAAUUCUCAGAUCAGUCGCCCUAUACCAAACAGUGAUGGAUAAAAUUGAUGAUACUUUAGCACAGCUGCAUUUAAGUCCAAAUAAAAUGGGUCCAACACCUAUCUGUCUCCCUUGUCCAAACUCACUUCCGAAGAAUGACCUUCGAGAAUAUCUCGAGAUAUUUAAGAAACAUAUUUUAUACGGAGAAAAAAUUGAGAUCGUAGCGGUCAAUUCAGCUUUCACUACAGGAGAAGGCAUUAAGCACCCAAAAUCACUCACUGAAGAAUCCGAUUUCUACUUGUCCUGGGCAAGAAUUUAAUUUAUUUACCUAUUGACAUAUCAUGUUGCUCGUGGAUUGUGAAGUUUAAACAUUCUUUAGAAAGAGAAGAAAGAAAUGGAGUUGGUCUAUGGGAUUAUUUUUUUAAUAGGAUCGAGAAUAACCGACCAUUGAAUAUCCAAAAGUUUGAUUUAGCGUUUUAUGACGCAAAUCAUGGUCGUAUACACUUCAACAUGCAAUGCGAUUGUUCACGACCGUGGAAAGAUUAAGUAAUUUUUACAUAAGUUGAUUUUUAGCUAAAUAUUUUUUACGUCCAAUUACUUUUGUUAAAGUGUCUCAGGAUGUUAGUUUCUCCUCAAAAUUUAUUGUUUUGUGAAUAAAAAAAUAACAAAACUGA